AGAAUGUUUCAUGACAUCUCUGUUAAUUUGUGAGUAAUCAGACAUGCAAAUACCUCUUCAGGAAUCAAGCUAAACUUAAAGCAGACUUACUUAGAAACUUUGCAGAGUGUAUCAUGGAGUGCAAGAUUGAGGGAAAAGAAAAAUACCAACAUAGCUUGAAUUUACUCAAUAAAAUUAAGAACAUGAAAGAAUUAGAAGAAAUGAUUGAUGUGGUACUCAUAGCAGAAGAGGAGAAAUUUCCUUGCCACAGAUUGGUCCUGGCUGCAUUUAGUCCUUAUUUCAAAGCUAUGUUCACCUGUGGACUACUUGAGUGUACUCAAAGGGAAGUCAUACUCUAUGACAUCACAGCAGAAAGUGUGUCUGUGUUACUAAAUUACAUGUACAGUGCAGCUUUGGAGAUCAAUAAUGCCAAUGUACAGAUGGUAGCAAUGGCUGCCUAUUUUAUGCAGAUGGAAGAAGUCUUUAAUGUGUGUCAGAAAUAUAUGAUGGGCCACAUGGAUGCCUCCAACUGUGUAGGUAUCUAUUAUUUUGCAAAGCAGAUUGGAGCUGAAGAUUUAUCCGACCAAUCGAAGAAAUAUUUGUAUCAGCACUUUGCCGAGGUGAGCUUACAUGAAGAAAUACUAGAAAUUGAUGUGCACCAAUUUCUAACACUCAUUAAAUCAGAUGAUCUUAACAUAUCCAGAGAGGAGAGCAUUUUGGACUUAGUUCUGAGAUGGGUAAAUCAUAACCAAGAAUUGCGCACAGAACAUCUUGUUGAGCUUUUGAAGCAAGUCAGAUUGGAACUUAUAAAUCCUUCUUUUUUAAGACAAGCCCUAAAAAGGAACACAAUGCUUCUGUGUGAUGCACAUUGCAUUGACAUAAUUCAGAAUGCAUUCAAAGCCAUCAAGACACCCCAGCGGCACUCUCUAAAUCUUCGCUAUGGCAUGGAGACUACCAGUCUUCUGCUUUGCAUUGGCAACAAUUCCUCAGGGAUCAGAUCAAGACGCAGAAACUAUGGGGAUGCCAGUUUUUGUUAUGAUCCCACAUCACGGAAGACCUAUUUCAUCUCAUCCCCCAAGUACGGGGAAGGUUUAGGAACCGUGUGUACUGGUGUUGUCAUGGAAAAUAACACUAUAAUUGUGGCUGGAGAAGCAAGUGCCUCUAAACUCUCUAGACAAAAGAACAAGAAUGUUGAAAUCUAUAGGUAUCAUGAUAGAGGAAACCAGUUUUGGGAAAAGUUAUGCACAACUGAAUUUCGAGAGCUCUAUGCUCUGGGCAGUGUCCAUAAUGACCUCUAUGUUGUAGGAGGACAGAUGAAAAUUAAAAACCAGUAUCUUAUUACAAACUGUGUUGACAAGUACUCUGUAGAACAUGACAAUUGGAAGAGAGUGGCUCCCCUUCCACUACAAUUGGCGUGCCACGCGGUAGUGACAGUGAACAAUAAACUCUAUGUGAUUGGAGGCUGGACCCCUCAGAUGGAUCUUCCUGAUGAAGAACCUGAUCGAUUGAGCAACAAACUGUUGCAGUAUGACCCCAGCCAAGAUCAAUGGAGAGCGCAAGCACCCAUGAAGUAUUCUAAGUACCGAUUCAGUACAGCUGUAGUCAACAGUGAGAUUUAUGUUUUGGGCGGCAUUGGCUGUGUAGGUCGAGACACGGGCCAGGUUCGAAAAUGCCUUGAUGUGGUAGAAAUCUACAACCCAGAUGGGGACUUCUGGCGAGAGGGCCCACCCAUGCCAAGUCCACUGCUCUCACUUCGAACCAAUUCUACCAAUGCAGGAGCAGUGGAUGGGAAACUGUAUGUCUGCGGGGGAUUCCAUGGUGCAG